AAAGUUGUUGUUGUUGGUAUUGUGAAAAUUCUUUAUACUUACCAUUAACAGCUAUAAAUUCAAAUGUUUAUUGAAUACAUUGUAGACGAUCUUUAAAACCGGUUUAACAACAUCAUUUAACCCCUCAACUCCCAAGCAGCACUGGGGUGCCAUAUAUAACAAUUGAAAAUAUAUUGUGUCUGCCAUUCCCACUAUUGAGAUAUGAAGUACUUACCUACUACUGUAGCACAAUUUUAAUAAUGGAGUCCCGAACAGCAGAGCUGAGAAAGUCGGCUCCAGAAUGGAGUUUAGCCGGAGACAGAAAUUUGCUUCAAGCUCUACAAGACUUACACCAGAAAUUAAUGAGCAAAUGCCAAGAAGUAAAUACAAAUUUAGAUGACAUGGUCAACAAAUUAGAUAAUGCCUCAGUAGAUUUGCAAAAUGUUAACAAUAAGUUUCUUGCCUUAAGUAAUAGCCAAUUCAUUGAAAGUAGGGUGUAUGAUGAAGAUAUUACAUUAGAAGGAGAACAAGAAAUGAAAACAAAUCCACCAGUGAGUGAAGAAGAUGAGCUGUUGAAGCUUAAACGGAGUCUCCAGACAUUUGAAAGGAUGCAUGAAGCUGUAAGAAUUCUAGACAGUGAUAGUUCUGAUGAGGACGAUGAUUUCAGUACAAUAUUGAAGCCCAAAGACAUGUACUCACAAAGACCCCUGCCUUACAUCAUUGGCUCUCGGAAAUGGGAAACAAAAUGGCAUGUAGGGCUGGUGCCAUCCGAGUCUGAGAGUGAUGACGGCGAAGACAAUUACUUUGCGAAAAGACAAGAGCCUCGCGAACAAUACUCGGAGUCAGAGUCCGAAGAUGAGGGGACAUACCAAAAGGAAGCAACUCGUGUGUCUUCUAGUUCGGAGGCGGAGUGGGAGCCGAGCCCCGGGACGAGCGCGCGGCCGGCGGACGUCGCGGCGCAGAUAGCCAGGCGACUCGCCGCUCAGGAACCGGCUCUGGAAACUGAAAUUGAAUCCCGGCAGCCAUCUAUUCCAGAUAGUGGUCCACGCAAAGUGUAUAGAGCGGAGCAACCUGGUACCAUACCUGUUUUCUCCGAGGAGCCGCCGCCUUUAGAUGACUCUAUCGACGACUACAGCGAUAACUACAGCGACGAGGAAGAUAUAUUCGCGGAGUUGCACAGGAAACCGUCUACACAUAGACAGAGUGAUCCUCGCAGCGUUGAUCCAAUUGUAGAAAAACUCUUCGGUGAUGAAAUACUAAGAAAUGAAGAUAAACAGGAUGAAAAGGUGGCAAGCUCUGUGGGCACAUCUAUUUUACUAAAAAAUGAUUCGAAAGCAAAUUUACUACCGCAGAAAAAUGUAGCAGAAUCGACGGAAACAAAUCGAAAGGAGCAAACUAUUAAAAAACCAGUUGGUGGAAUGUCGCUUUUCGGAUCCAGCCAAGGAGCGGAGAGUAUCGGAGCAGCUAUACUAAAACGUAAUCAAAGAAAAUCGUCAACCUCGGAUGAUGAAGAUAAACCUGUAGAAGAUAAUUCGCAACCGCAGCGAAUAGUCAAUUCUGUACCUCCACCAGCAAAUAAAAUUAUAGAAGAUUUAUUUACAAAACCUCAGGCAACUAAAAAGCUACCGACAAUAGGAAAAGUAACUGGAGUCACAUCUACUCAAAAAAGUACACCGAAACCGAAAAUGGACUUGUUCAGUGAUGAUAAUAUAUUCGAUGAUCUCGACGACACAUUCACGUCUGGAAUUGUUACUAAACCAAAAGAAACAAAACAAAAAUCGAUAUUUGAUGACGAUGAUUUGUUUGUCGAUGUCAUUACCAACACUGUUGCUAAAGACGAUAAGAAAAAGAGUUUAUUUGAUAGCGAUGAUGAGCUGUUCAAAGAAGAUUCAAUUGAGACUACGAGUACAAGCGCCAAGAAGACUGUUACGACAAAAAUAAAUGAAACUAGUGGAAAUAAAAAUACUGAAGCUAGUAUAUUUAGCGAUGGCAACGAUAGCGAUGACAUUUUUACGUCUAACAAUAAUACACCUAAUUUUUUUCAAUCUCGAACAAUGUCUGAAACUUCUGAUCAAAAAUCAGCACAAAAUGAUAACUCAAACACUGUGCAUAGUACAAAUCAUGUGCAAACUAUUCAUAAUGAAAUAACAGUCCAACACACUCAAACUUCAAACAAAACCCUGGAACCGACAUUACCCAAGAAGUUCGAAAGCCCUCUACUGUUUGACGAAGAUGAUAUCGAUGAUUUAUUUACAAGCAAUAUGAAUGCCUCAAAAAUAAGAGAAUCGAAAAUAGGAUCGAAUAAAGAUGAGCAUGUCUUUGAUAAUGAAAGUGUCAUAAAAGCAACAAAAGCUAGUAAAGAAAAUAACGAUCAGGCUUCUGAAAAACAGGCUUUAAAAGAUACUGGCUUAGUCGUUAAUAAUACAGAAUCUGAUAAAUAUUUAUUUAAUUCACCAAAAUCUCGCGAAGAAGUUGGAUACGAUAAAAAUACAAAUGAUAGUAUAUUGAAAAUAUCAAAUGAUUCUGAUAAAAACAGAAAUAAAGUUAAAAACUUUGUAUCGGAAGAUUUUAAAGUAGAGGAAACAAAAAAUAUUUCUUUAGAAAAUGAGGAAUCUCUUGGUGAUAUUAAAGGCACAGAAAAAGUUACAGUCACAAGUGACUACUUAUUAAAUGCUCCGGUGAACAAAGAAAAUGCCAAUAACUUAAGUGAUUCUGUGACAACAGAAUCAAUUAGUACCACUAUAAAACACAAUCAAAAACAACAUGAUGAAUUCGAAGACCUUUUUAGUGAUAUUCCUCCAGCUUUUGAAAAGCCCGCAGAACCAAAGAAAAGUAAAAAUGUAAAUGCAUUAUUUGACGACGACUCAGACGACGAAGCCCUGUUCUUUAGGAAAAGUGAUGUAACAGAUGAAAAACCAAAAGUUUCGUACGACAAUGAUAGGUUUAGAAUUUUCCACGAUGAACCUCCUGAUGUUGACGUAGAUUUUACUACAAAAACAGAAAAUGCCUUAAAAACUGUUGACUCUGACGAAGAUUUAUUUACUUUACCGAAAUAUAACGAAAACGGUAAAAACAAACCAGACACGAUAGACAAAUAUCCUUCAAAUGUUAAGACAGGUCACGAAAAUAUUCAACAAAACGAUGACUUAUAUAGCAAAACACAAGAUAGUGUAGAAAUUAAAAAGGAAGAAAGUUUAGAUAUAUCUAAGCUAUUGAGUAGUGAAAUUAUUGAGACUGAUAGUAAAUUAAAUUCCGAAAUAAGUAGUACUGUUAAUCAACCGAUACCUAACAUCGUGUCGGAGCAAAACGAUAAGGACACAGAAAUAAGUGGAAAAAAAUCUGUUGGCAAGUUAAAACCUAUGAAUAUAAAUAUCAAUGUUCAAUCUUUAUUGCCUGGAGCUUCACCCACUAAACAAAAACCAAAAGAUGAGUCAGAUGGUUCAACAUUUUCGACUCAAAGUAACGAGGAAUUAAACAAAUAUAGCAAUGAAAAAGAAGACUUAAAAAUGGUAAAGUCUGUAAGUUUUGAUGGCGACCCUGGGUCAGAGGUUCUAGAUAACAAACUAUCUAAAGGGAGAGCUAGAAUUCAAGUAAAAAGACGUCCAUCGUCAAGACGAGCUAGGUUAGAAGCUGUACGAAAAUCAGGCAUUGACUUUACAGACGAUUCAACUGAUAAUUCUAGCUCUUUUGAUGAACCAAAGCCUGCAUCAUCAUACCAUGAUAGAUCUUCUGAAGUAAAAGAAGUGCCAGUUCAUACUAGCACUUCUGAUAUUGUUAGUACUACAACCGUAAACACAGUCAUAAGUAAAGAGAUGACUUCCAGUAAAAAUAUUGAUAAUCUUGAAAAUAACAUCACCACGGAAGUAAAGUCUAAGACUGUGUACAUUCUACACGAUGAAGAUAUUUUUUCCAACAGUCCAAAUACAAAAACAGACACGACCAAAAAAUCUUUGACAAUCUUAGACGAUGAUGAUGAUGAAGAUUUGUUUAAAAGCCCAGGUUCUACGUCCGCCAAAACUAAUAAAACAUUAGAAAAGCCUAAGGAAGAUAUAAAUAAAAAUAUCAGUAAAAAUAAUAAAAUCCUAGUACCAAAGGCAACCAAAUCUAUUUUCGACGAUUUGAGUGAUGACGAUGAACUAUUUGGUGGUAAAAAUGCCAGCGAAUCGAGGAGCAAUGUAAAAAGUAAAGACACUAACAAAGUUAAACAUAAUGUAUCAUCUAUGAAAACUGGAUCUCUGUUUGGUGAUGACAGUGAUGAUGAGGAUUUAUUUAAGACUGCUAGAAAUAACGUUUUAGAAGUGAAAGCAGCAAAACCCAAGGAAAUAACAACAGUAAAGUCAACAGCGGUAACGCAUGAUCCACUUUCGCUGUUUGAUGACGACUGAAUGUCGUAUUUUCUCGGCUGAACAAAGGAUUUUCACUAUUUUCGUAAGAAGGCUUAAAAUUUUAAAAAUCGAACAUGCGUAAACUUGUUAAGUAUAUAAAAUGUAAAUAACUAUUUAUGUUACAAAAUAGUCAA